CAUUGAGUACUGAACGGCUUCCAUACGCCUCCUCACGUCCGUCCUAGGGCAAGGGCUCUACUGUUUUCCUCCUCAUCUCACCCCUUCAUCGUAGUUUCGAAUCAGUCUCCCCCUCAUCUUUCAUCAUGUCGGCUGAUUUGAGAGAUCACCCAUGGCGAGAUUCAAGCAGUGCUUUCGGCCGGAGCGCAACCCUCAGACAUCAUCUAUGCUCAUCCAUUCAAAUCCAACUCCUUCCUCAGAUACGCAGCAUCAGAAAACAUUGACCUCAUGACAUUCGAUUGCGACCAAGAACUAGUCAAGAUUAAGCGUGUGUUCCCCCAAGCAAGGUUGGUUAUCCGCAUCCAAAUUCCAGAUGUUCCUGCUGGUUUUCCUUUGAGCAACAAAUUCGGUUGCGAAUUGAAACACAGUGAGCAGCUUUUGCAGUUUGCCAAAAGAUUAGGUCUCAACGUUGUGGGAGUGAGCUUUCAUGUGGGCAGCCUGUGUGAACAACCAUCAGCCUUUGCGAAAGCCAUUGGAAUGGCGCGGGAAGUUUUCAACACCGCCAAGACUUUGGGAUUUAAUUUCGAUUUAUUGGAUCUGGGAGGUGGCUUUCCUGGUGCCUCUGGAACUUUUGAUGUCUUUGAUAAGAUGUGUGACUACAUUCAUCAAGGGCUGGAGAAACACUUUCCAGAAGGCUGCGGGGUGAGGGUGAUCGGUGAACCAGGAUGCUACAUGGUGUGCUCAGCCUACACACUCUGCACUAAGGUGCUCGGGAAAAAGACCAUUUAUGAAGAAAACGACAUCGAGCAAAAUGGUUCAAUGUGCUCAAAGAAAAUCAAGAAGUAUUGCUACUACAUGAACGACGGCGUUUAUGGUUCCUUCGCAUAUGGAUUUGAAAAAUACGGAUUCCAUAUCUUACCGUUGCUGACUCCCAAAAUAUUGAGCAAGCGUCCCAUUGUCCACUGCAAAAUGUGGGGAGCUACUUGCUGCAGUUCGGACUGCAUUCUAGAAGACUGCCUUUUGCCAGAAAUGGAGGUUGGAGAGUACAUCGCUUUCGACAACAUGGGCGCUUACACACAAUCCCUUACUACUACUUUCAAUGGAUUCCCAGCACCACCUACGCAAUACAUCUUCCCACCGCAAGCCAAACCCAAAGAACACACUCUUCCACCCUUCGAGGAGUUCUGCCGCAACUUGGGCCCUAAACAGAUGAAGGCCUUCAUCAAGAUCCAAGACUACAUCUGCCACGAUGAUUCAAACGACGAUCUCUUCCGCAAGGGAUGAAGACCGGCACGAACUUUCAUUUCAUUUCAAUGCUACUAUUACUUUCGUCCAUUUUAUACUUAAUCCGGUUCAAGGUGGAAAAGGAUCGUUAGAAAGAUGUAGAGUUGGCCGCAUUCGAAAUACGACCUAGCAGGGGUGGUGAUGAGUGGAAAACAGUAUUUUAGCUCUUAACGUUAUUACUCCCUUCUUCAUAAUGCAUUUUUAUCGUUGGUAAUAAAGUUGGAGUUUAUUUUUUUA